AUGACUGUUAAAGAACCCAUGAAAGCAAUUUCGAAGGCGGGUCACAAUUUCGCAUACACGGAUACAAAACAACAGCAGCCCAAACCCAAGAAAAAAGCAAGAACUGACGUCCAGAGUGAUCUUACCAAUAGCAAGGAUACAUUAGAGAACCUGUGGAUAUCGUCUAAGGAUGUCAACACAAGAGUAGGAGUUCUACUGCACAUGGCUAAUGUUGCUAAAGAUGCAAAACAACUAUAUCCUCGACAAGUACAGAUUCUGCCGGCAUGCGUCGCUUUCUGGACAAAAAAUUUUCCGAAAUGGAACAAAGCAAUACCAGCUGAGGCUGUUGACGGCCUCAACAGUGCCAACACAGAGUCCUUUUCGGUGUUAUCACAAACACUAGCCAGUAUCUAUGCAACCAAUAGCAAGCUGGCGGCGCUGGCCGAUGUAUCUGUGGCAGCUGGUGAGUUCCAACAGUUUCUUCGCCUUUGCCACAAUCUACGUCGUGAAUCGAAAACGAACAAAGGUUUGAACUCAGGCACACUGUUGCUUGAACCUCUGAUUCACGAAGCACUGGCUCGUCAUUUCGCCGCCAAAGCGGACUGGUCAAACCUGAAUGCCAUUUUUAAGCGCCUCACUCAGGAUGGACUCCCGGUGUCGAAGAAUCUCUAUUUCUUCGGCUUGGAGUGUUUGGGUCGUCUGCUACGCAACGCUACUUCCGUCACUCUUGCUCCGUCACACACUCCCUACAGUCCAGCUGCAGCGACCUCCUUGGUAAAAGUGGUCGCACAGAAGACGUCAAAUCAACGAGAUUUGGAGCGUCGGGUUAUGGACGUACUGAAUAAGCUGGUUAACCGAAUGGAAUCGGAAGGACACGAUAUUACUACCGGUUUGAUGGAAUUACCGCGCUCCACCGAAACACUUGGUCAUAUUAUGUUUGCGCUCAGUCGAGUUCGUCCCGACGCGCAGCCCAAUUUGUUCUACCUCCCGGAGUUGAUGCACACGGGCACCGGUUCAUCGAACUCCAUCACGACUGUGUCAGAACAAACCUAUUCCGUGGAGGCACACAUGCGAAGUGUUCCGCAUGCAAUGCGAAAUUCGUUUGCCGGAGUGUUUUCCAAUUCGGACGAGAUGACACAGGCAUUGGAUGCGCAGUUCUCUUUGGAACGACAUGGCGAAGUGCGUAUUGAACCCGUUUUACCGCCAUUCGCUGUCUCGGACAGAGUGGAUCACAAACCGGUCUCUCCCGAGUUGCGAAAUAAACUGCUUCGUGGUUUGAUGGCCGAACAAGAUCGUUGGCGCACAUCAAUCAAAAUCGGAUUUAAUGAAUUAUUACAUCGGCUCAAACGCAGUCAUUCUCGCGACAAAAUCACAGUAUAUCCGUUUUUGAAAAUUCUCCCAGUCUCGCAAUAUGUCGAUCUAAUGAUCAAGGCGAUUGACAACAUGGUUCUGGACUCAGCUUUGCAACACUGCAACUCCUAUUUGGUCUGCCUUCGAUUGGGUCAGAGCGUGGAGGCGGCUUGCAGUUUGUACCGUCGAGACCAGCUUGGUGUACUGGCCGAGGUAAGUUUUCUCUCCUCUACUCAUUGUCUGUGCAAGUUUGACGAUGGUAAACUUUUGGUUAUUAACCGUGGCAUGAUGAACUGUGCGUAG